AUGCUGGAUGGCUUUAUUUCUGAAACAACAGCAUCGUCACCACCACCAGCAACAGCCAGGGCUCUCCAGGCAGUCCUGUCAAGCGAGUCUGACUCCCAUUCCUCACUUGUCUUCUUCACAGACGGCGGCUAUUGGCCAACUGCGGUCUUCAAGGAAUUCAUGUCACUUACGCGAUCAAGAAUUCCAGUGUCGCUGUUCGAAUUGGCAUUUCAUUCACCUGGCGCUAACCUAACGCAGGCUCAGUUCUCCUGGAUGACAGUAGAGGCUGAAAGAGUGCGGCAGGUGUCAUGGUGCGUGACGGUGGUGGUGGUGAGCGACGACCUCGCCUUCCUCACCGCCUUCGCCCAGUGGUCCCUCAAGGGCCGCCUCCUGGUGUGGUCGACGAGGCUCCUGGUCGUCACCCGCCUCCCCCUCCAUCACCUGCAGGUCCUCCAUGGGUUGCUCUCCAUGACCAACUCCAUGCUGCUCAUUGUGGAAGAAACACUAAUUGGUGUUAGGUGCAGUGGGUUUGUGUCCCUGCCAUACAGUCCCAGUGGAACCCUGGGAUUGAAAGUGGCUUCCUGGACUGCUCAAGAAGGCCUCGUCCUCACCUCCAACAUCCCGCUCUUCCCUGACAAGUUCUCCAGAUUUAUUGAGCGUCCAAGUCUCAAAAUAGCAGUCGAUCAGGCCCACCUGAUAGGUACAAAUAUCAGACUGGGAAGACGAGAAGAUGAAGCCCUGGAAUAUUUAGGACAAGGCCUGAAUUUUACAUACAGGCAUAUGAUUCCUUCUGGCGGAUUGCGGGCUGGCGUGGUGGAUAUGGUGGCCAAACAGGAAGCCGACUUCGCUCUAGGCCCUCUAGGUUUGUCUCCGGCCUUGGCCUCAGUGGUGGACUUCAUGUGGCCAAUAACUGUAGAGUACAGUAGGAUCCUGGGCACUCGAGGCCUGCCGGAGGUGGACCCAUGGGGCUUCGCGUUUCCCCUGGAGCUCCCAGUGUGGGCGGCCACCAUGACGACGCUCCUGAUGUUGUCCCUCACGCUGUUCCUGGCUUCGUCGUUCUUAUCUAUGACUCACAUUGCCACAGAGAGGAACUGGGAAAGAGACUCCUUCCGUUUGAUUAGUGCUUUGUUACAACAGGACUGCGUGGUAUCGGGCCGCUGGUGGUGGAGGCGGCUGGUGUUCCUGCUCUGGAUGAUGAUGGUAGCACAGGUGCUGGUCAAGAGUUACUCCGGGAACCUCAUGUCAGGUCUGGCUGUGAGACACAUCAAGCAACCAUACCAGACUCUCCGCAGUGUGGUGGACGACCCCUCCGCCAUCAUGAUGUGGUUUACAGAUUCAAAACAUAGGCAGAAUUUCAAUUCUGUCCAGUCCGGGAUAUAUCGCGAUGUGUUUGAGGCUGGAUCUAAAGGACGCAUCCAGUACAGGAACAUCUACGAAUCCCUACAAAAUAUUUCUGCCCUGCUGAGCGAUGGCCGUCACGUCCUCAUUGGGAAUGAGAUCCUCCUCAACAUAAUUAUCAGCAAAGAGUUCUCUCACACAGGAAACUGUUACUACUACUUGUCGAGGGAGAGACUACUGCCCUCUUUAUUGGUAUCCAUAGGACAGAAGAACAGUCCUCUUGUUCCUGCAUUAAGUAAAAGCACCGUCACUAGCCCCACUCUACACAAUCACACUGUCACCAGUCCAUACUCUAAAACACCUCACCGGCACCAGCCUCCACUCUUCACCAUCACACUUUCACGAGCCCCCAAUCUACACCAUCACACUGUCACCAGCUCCCACUCUACACCAUCACAAUCUCGUCUGCCCCCACUCAAGACCAUCACAAUGUUACUAGCCCCCAAUCUCACUCACCAGCCCCCAAUCAUCACCAUCUCAUCGUCACCAGCCCCUACUCUACAAACUCACACCGUCACCAGCCUCCCACUCUGCACCAUCACACCGUCACCAGACCCCACUCUACACUAUCACACCGUCACCAGCCCACCCUCUAAACCAUCACACUGUCACUAG